UGUCCUUUCGGCAGCCGCAGUACUCGCUUUCGGAAGUCUCAGCUUAACUGCUAUAUCUUGCGCAGAUAAACCUGUUCUUUGCGAACCCUUUGAAAACGACGACAUUUUGACCGCUCUGAAACCUGCAAUGCUCCGGGCAACUCGAACCUCGAACCUUCGGUUGUAUCAACGUCCAAUCUUCGCUGCCCCUCAUAAUCUCCGCAUCAAGCUCAAGUUCUCAUCCUUAUCCGAACCCCAGGGGUCUUACUCUUUGGACGAGUAUUGUGAUGAUUUUCUGCCGUGGUUGGAGCAAAAAGCUGGGGCUAAGAUCUCAUCGGUGCUUUCGAUCGGCAAAUCCGCUCAUGGAAGGUCCUUGUUUGCUUCUAAAACCAUACAAACUGGAGAAAACAUUUUGAAGGUUCCUUACUGUGUGCAAAUAACACCAGAUAAUCUUCUUCCGGAAAUAAAAUCUUUGUUAGGUGAUGAAGUUCUGAAUAUUGCCAAGCUUGCUAUUGUAAUUCUUGUUGAGCAGAAACUUGGCCAGAAAUCAGAAUGGGCCCCUUACAUCAGCCGUCUUCCUCAACCUGGGGAGAUGCACAAUACGAUAUUCUGGAGUGAAGGUGAGUUGGAGAUGAUUCAUCAAAGCUCGGUAUACCAGGAAACGAUCAAUCAAAAAUCUCAAAUUGAAAAAGAUUUCUGGGUAAUCAAGCCAGCUCUUCAACGCGUCCCUAAACUUCUUGGAGAUCUCACAUAUGAGGAUUUCAUGCAUGCAUGUGCAUUAGUUGGUUCUCGAGCAUGGGGAAGCACAAAGGGAUUAUCUCUGAUUCCAUUUGCAGACUUUUUAAAUCAUGAUGGAGCUUCAGAAUCAAUUGUAUUGAGUGAUGAAGACAAACAAGUCUCAGAAGUAAUUGCUGAUCGUAAUUAUGGUCCUGGUGAACAGGUAUUAAUAAGAUAUGGAAAAUUUCCAAAUGCUACCCUGAUGUUGGAUUUUGGCUUUUCUCUUCCAUACAACAUACAUGACCAGGUUCAGAUCCAGUUUAACAUACCUCAUGAUGACCUUCUACGUGAAAUGAAGAUUGAACUUUUGCAAAGACAUCGUAUCCCAACCAUUAAAGAUGGCAAUGUUUUCAAUUCUUCUGUGGAAUAUUUCACAAUCAAGGAAGUGAGGUCCCCUAAAGGAAAAGGGAAAGGUCUGCCACAGUCACUUCGUGCAGUUGCUCGUGUUCUAUCUUGCACCGCUCCUGAAGAACUUAGUGAUUUGGCUUUGGAAGCCACACAAAAUGAUGGCAGGCUGGCUAGACGUCCUUUGAAGAGCAGAAGCAAAGAGAUCCAGGCACAUCAGAUACUGUCAUUACGAAUCACUCAAAUAAUGGAGGACUAUAAUGCAGCUAUCAAGUCUUUGACGCCUGUCAGCUCUUCCUCCAUGUGUGAAAAAUUUGCUCUUAGAAAGCAAAUUGCUCGGGAUCUCCUCAGUGGCGAGCUUCGCGUUCUCAAAUCUGCUUCCGCAUGGCUGAACAAUUACUGCGCAACCCUGAGUACAAGCGCCUACCAUCGGGAGGAUAUUGGUGAUUACAGAACUAGUCCAGGAUGAAAAGGAGAGCUGUCAGAUAUUGGUAGUAGUCGUGAAUCACAUGAGAUCUGCGAAAAAAGUGGGCUUUUCAAAGUAGGCUCUUUUAGCACAGGGACGACCACAUUUAUGGUGCCUACGACGAUCCUGCAGCAACUUUGGAUUUUUGUCAUUGGUUGCAAGUAAAAAGAUGUCCUUUUAAACAAUUUUCUAAAAUACACGGGACUAAUAUGUAAUGUAGAUAAAUGUUAGAAACAAUAUUUUUAUUUCA